AUGGAGCCCAACCAGUCUGCGGGUGCCGCUCCUGGAUUUUGGAGAUAUCUGAUCAAUCCAGACAAAAGCGCAACACUACAGUUCGAACAGCUGUGUCUGGGGUUUGCCAAAGUCAUAGCGACCCUGGAGCCCGGACCUGACAACGAACUCACUCCACCACGUCUCGCCGCAUUCUACCGAGCCGUCGGCGGCAACUACGACUCGCUCUUCCUCAAAUCCUCCGAUGGCGCCCUCUCCUUCAUGUACCAAACUCUCGGCUGCUUUCACUCUCUGCAGCCUACCCCAAGUCCCUUCGAAUCUCCCCGAAUCCCAUGUCUGACCCCGGCUGGAUUUGCUCGUUGGCAAACAAUCCAGCUUCUCCUCUGCCCCGAGGAGAAUGUGGGUUUCAUUCAGAAAGCCGUUCAGCUCUGGAAUGUCCCCAUGCCCAAUGGCGGAACCUACCCAAAAUACAUCCCCAACGACGUCUUCCCGGCCAGGCCAGAUGAAGAGAUGGAGAGAUGGCACAAGCUGGUGACUGGCAAACUGAACCAGGAAAACUACAAUGUGCGGCGCUUAAAAAACUCCCCUUAUCAGUCCCCGCACCUUGAGGCCUAUGAUCGACGAGACGGCUAUUUCUCUGGCGCUCAGACAGGCCGUCCAACAAGGCCUCCACGUAGCAGCUCUCGCGACGACCAAGACCAUCUGACUGAUAUCCAUCGCAGACGGAGCAGUGUACCCGAUUUCCCUUCGCCAUCGGGAGAGAGGCCUUGGGAUCCACGGAAUCAAUACGAAGCAAGGAAGACCCGCAGCCACUCAGCUCAAAGGCCAUCACCAAAACCUCCGUCGCGCCAGCGGUCGCGCACAACCACGGUCCCUCCCGGUCACCACAAGACCUCGUCAAAUAGCCCCUCAAAUCGGAGACAAGGGACUGCCCCAUCAGAGCAGCCCGGGCGACGUCCUUCGUCCGGGUACAACAAUGCGCCGUACCGCUCUCCCGCGCGCAGUCCCUCAACUGUAGACGAAGAUACCGGCAGCGAAGGAAGUUCCGAGGCCUCACAGAUGGGUCGGCAUCAUCGCAGGUCUGACGAAGACCGAAAGAGCCGCCGCUCCUCCUUAUGGGUACCCUCCUUCAUGAAGUCGUCGCACAAACGUCGCCAUUCUUCCGACGCAGGUUACCGCGCACCUGGCCCUGCAUCCAAAUCUUCGCAACCCUUGCGGCCCGAGUACUACCCACCUCGUGCGAUCAAGCCCCCACCCCAGCCUCAACAGCCUUACGGGGGAGGCCGUCCACCGCAAUGGCGUGAAACAGUCUGGGAUAACGACACCCCCAGUACUACUCCCGCCACACCCAUUCCAGAAAAUGCCCAGGCACAGUUUGACCCACGCGCGCCGUCUAUACGUUACCCAGACCAAGCAAACUUCGAACCAUUGACGCGAGAAAGCAGCAGUGGAAGUGACCAUAGGCAACGGCCCUCAGAUUGGGACCGAGGGAAUGCGCAGAGGCGACCGCUACAGCCGACUCCAAGGAUUGCCACCGUAACGGGCGUGCAAGGGCGAAAAUACCCUACCGCCGAUCCAUUGAGUCCCAUCGACCGUCACCGGGCCCAAAAUGGGCGUGGCAACUUUACUGCAACGGCUUGA